UUAGACUGAGAACAUGUUAUAGGCUUGAGAAGUGUCAUGGCUGAAGAGGAUUUAAACCCCAGGACUUUUUCGGAUGGGUAAAAAGGACAGGAGCAUAGUGCAAUGCUCCUAUCAGUGUCACACGAUUUGACAAAGAUUUUCAGAUGAUGUCAUGCGACAUCGUGUGAAAAUCUUUGCCAACCCGCUCGACAUGGACGAGAGCUUCGCGCUAUGCUCCUGUCCUUUUUGCCUGUUUGAAAAAGUCCUAGAUCUUACACCCAUCCAGCGUGACUCCACCACUGUCAGGUUGAGUCAUCCCUUAGUUGGAAUCCUGAGCAGCAACCACCGUGAGCAACAGGGGUCUGUUCCCCUGUCAGUUGGGAAGCAGCUCACUGAUGUUACCAUCCUCCCCUUGCGCAAAAGGGAUCUCUGUGUAAGCAGAAAUUGCAAGAGGAGUUCAGCUUCUGACAUGGGAAAGGCAAUUUGCUGCUUCCCAGUUGGCAGGUGAGCAGACCCCUAUCGCUCACAACAGCUGCUGCCCAGUAAGUAGGUCUUGGGAGGAGGGGCAUCAGACUGGGAGAUGUUCCUUAGCUUGGUAACUAGGAUGGUUACAUAGUUAAGUAGGUGACACAGAUUUUUGUCCACCAUCUCCAUAACACACUAAUAGAAUUGACCAUGAUGUGGACUGUUUAGUUCUCCUUCUUUAUUGUUGUGUGCCUUAAAAUUGAUUCCAGUUCUAAUGCUUUCUUGGCAAGAUUUAUUCAGAGGAGGUUUUCCAGUGCCUUUUUCUGAGGCUGAGAGGGUGUGACUUGCCCAAGGUCACCCACUGGGUCUCCAUGGCUCAGCAGGGAUUUGAACCCCGGUCUUCCAGAGUCCUAGUUCAAUGCUCAAACCACUAUGGCGCACAUUGUUUUACUCCCAGAAUUCAGAACAGGAGCAAGGAGUUCUAGGUUUAAUCUCUCAUGCCUUGCUUUCCAUGCAUGUGUUUUCCACCACCCAGUGUGUUCAGCAUUGGAGACGCCCACUGGUUUGCAGAGCCAAACACAAAUUACUGGCGUCCUGAGGCAUUUCAACAGCUUCAGUGCAAAACAUCCUAAUCCCUGAAUCCUAAACGUGUCCAAGAGCUCCCUUGGAGGCUGUUGGGGAGAUCAGUAUGUUCCUUAGCAGUGGAAGAAAAAUUUGGACAAAGUCUUCUGAGUGAGGAUGUGUGUAUGUGUAUGUGUGUGUGUAUGUGCACGUACGUGCUGUUGUGUAGCAUGGAAUGGCUUUCUUGCUGCCACAUGUGUAGCCUCACCCCAGGGUUGUGCAAUAGCUGCUUUAGAAAGACUUUCUGCACUCUUGAGAAAGCACUCUGCAGGCCAUGGGCUCACACAGACAAAAGCAAAGGGGGAGUGGGCAGGAGGGGAUGGUGGCAAGGACAGUUGUGAAAUCUGAGUGACCUGAAGCCGACUGGCAAUAGAGUACAAUUUAGUCUGUUCAAAAAGUGCCUGCCUCUUAGGUUCGCCUCUUGAUUCCUCCUAACAUCUCCGCUUGCCUCUGUUCCAACAGCUGUUUGAGCUCCAGAAAACAGCAGAGGGAAGGCUUGAUUCCCACGUGGGAUGGGUUUUGCUACUCUGCAGAGAAGCAAGCAGCCUCUUGUUUUUGAUCAGUGGACAGCCUUGCUUUCUCCUGUUUAGUUAAACAACUGCAAAAAUAGUCAUAGCAGGAUAGAUCUUUGCCGCCUUGUAUCUUCACAAUGCUCCAGUGAUAAAAUGUUUAUCUCCUUUAUUUUCUGUGUGUCAAGCCGCUUUUAAAGAAACACAAGCUGAAAACAGCUCAGAUUUAUUUAUUUAUUUACAACACAGCAACCCAAUUUAUCUCUGUGUUACCUAUGUGUGCUUCAUCAAAGCUAGGCUGUGUUGUAUGCUUCCGAUUUCUUCUGCUGACAUGGGCUACAACGGGGAAUUAAAUGGAAUGAAAAGCAGAUUUUAGUAACAGAGGACUUCUUGUUUUCAGUCACGUGCAGAACGGAAUGAUUAAAUAUGUCCAAAUUUGAGAGAGUCCAAUUCUUUGAAGUUCCUUUUCAGACAUAUGGCAACCAAUAGAAGGCUCUACUUCACUGUACCUGUGUUAGCUCUGGUCUGUUUUUGGAAAGUGGAUUUGAGCCAGUGAUUAGAAGAGGAUGUAAAAUAAUGCCAUUGGGCACUGAUAUAUGAUAUGAAACAUUAUCCAUCUAUGGCAAUGCUGGAAUUCCUGAGGCUCUCCAGAUGUGGUUGGACUGGAGCUCCCAGAAUCCCUCUCCCUUGGUUAUGCCAGCUAAGGCUGCUGGGAGUUGCAAUCCAACAAUAUCUGGAGAGCCAUAGGACUCUAAACCUUGAUAUAUAUAACACUUACUGCUUAACCAUGACCUUAAAGGCUGAGGCCUGGAUGUGUGGCCAUUUUCAUAUUUUUAAAAAGAUGAACAAUCUUUUAAAUUUCUUAUAGUAUCAACUUUCAUGGAGGACAGCCCUCUUUAUGGAAGUGAAUGAAAUGUAACCGUGAGUCCAUAAAUGUCUCUAAUCUCACAUGUACACAUAGUGGCUUUGGAGAUAGUAAUGUAGUGGUGUGAGCUUCCAUGCAGAAAGUACAGUACUGACCAUGACAAUUAAAACUGGACAUUCACAAGAUGGAAGCCAUCUGGCCCUCAGCUAAGUCAAUAAAUGUGUGGUGUGAUAAGAAACCAUUAUCCCUGGUGACAGGCUAGAACUUCCUGAUGAAAUGGAACUCAGCAGAUUCUUACACCAGACUCCAUUUGCAAGUUCCUUAGCUUCUUGGUGACUAAUAAAUGUGUUUGUCUUUAGUGUGCCACAAGACUCAUUGUUGUUUUUGCUGCUAGAGACUGAUUGCCUCCUUGAGGAAAUGACUACUUGCUGAAUGGGACUGUUGAAGGAGCAAUCCCUUGGAGCCAUUUGUCCUUGGGACUCCCUUCUGGAGAACCAUUAACACCUGCUAGGACACAUCCCAUCAACUCCCAAUAGCUCUAACCAGCAUAGCCAUUGUAGUGGAAUAUUGGGGCUUGCAGUCCAACAACAUCUGGAGGCGUUUCUGGUGCCUUCUGGGCCUCACACAGUGGUUGCCACUCGCUCACUUCUUUCACUUCCCACUGCACCUGCCACCUGGUAACACCUCACCUCUUGCUGUCUGGAAGACUUCGACUACAAAACCUCAGAAGUUUCCUGGAACUUCUGGAGCAGGGAUUUGACUCUUCAAUUGCUGGAGCCUCAGACUGAAAGAAUCAGAAGAAAAUACAGUACAGCUCCUGUGGGUGCCCUAGAAGAUGCUCUCCUUGUGCUGGACAGUAACUUUCACAUUAGUGGGAGCUCAGAGUCCACUUGACUGCUGCAAUUGGAGGACAGUUCAAGGCUGUACUGGAAAUAGUUCCCGGGGCAAUACAGAUUGAUAACAGCUUUUGGUGGUGAGCUGGAAAGAAACUUGUGUUCCAGAAGGAGCUGCAAGUAAACUUUUCAGCAGGUGAACGAAGCUUAUCUGACUGUUGGUGCUGAAGGGACACCAUUCCUGUGCCCUCUGUCACUGCCCAGCAAUAACGAUGGAGAAUCUCAGCUCACCUACAUUGUGUGUAGCAGGGAAUUUCCCUGGAUUCCAUAAUGAUGGCAUGAUCCAGCGAGCCCGGACUCUGAAAAGCAAGCCCAAUGCCAACUGCAGGCGAAAGCGUGAGUUCAUCUCGGAUGAGAAGAAGGAUGCAAGCUACUGGGAAAAGCGUCGGAAGAACAACGAGGCUGCUAAGCGUUCCCGAGAAAAGCGACGGUUUAAUGACCUGGUGCUGGAGAACAGGGUGUUGGCGCUAAACGAGGAGAAUGUGCGCCUCAAAACGGAGCUGCUGCAACUUAAGCUCCGCUUUGGGCUGAUCAGCACAGCAGCCUUCAUGGAGAAGAGCCAGCAGCUGAGCACCGCCAGUGCCAAUGCCACGGCACACCUAUAUGCGGGCAGCGAGAGCAGCGGCUACUCCAGCACCCUCUCCCAGGCCCAUCACUCAGAGGACUCUUCAGAAACAGAGCAGUCAAGCCGGGACAGUGGCAGUGUGUCAGUAGCCAAAUAUUCACCCCGGGGCUCCCUCUCUGACAUGUCAGAUGGCUCAUCCCGGGAUAGCCCAGUGCCUCAGACACUUGGUGAGGCCCAGGCCAUCAGCCGAGCUUAUGGGGAUGCUCCUUUGUCGCACCACCACUUGGAGGCCAAGAGACCAGUUCCUCGGGGUGUCAUCCUCUUCAGUGCCAAUGGCUUCACUGCCAUGGCACCACCCCGGCCAUUGUUUCCGGAGCAGGAGGAGCAAGCAGAGAGUUGUAUUGCUGAACCACCCAGAAGCCCCUGCUUAGAGCCUGAGGCCCAUUACCAACAAGAAGAGCUACCAGACCACCCCAGGUACUGCUCAAAAUCCCAGAACUAUGAAACACCCACCGAUUACAUGGAAGGGGAGCUUGCCCCGACGGAGCAUAUGAGGAAAGCUCAGGAACCCCGGUCCCCCUUUGAGGGCUACUCUAGCGAGGAGAGUGGUGAGGAGCCCAGCUGGGGAUGUUCACCUGCUUCUUUCCCAGUGCCCCUGGAGGCUCAUCCAGAUGUGAAGACGGCAGCUCUGCCCCACAAGCUUCGCCUCAAAUGCAGGGCCCAUAGCAGCGGUGUUCAAGAACCAUGCCCACCUCCGAGCACUACUCCAACUGGUUGCUGCCAGGAGGCCCCUGCAAUGCCUGAGUGGGACAGUGAUCGGCACGAGGAGAUGUCUGCUCUGGUGCGGCAGGCAUUGCUUCUCAAUGAGCAGCCCCCAGCCUCAGGAGGCACCCUGGAAAGACUUUUGUGUCGUACCUCCGGGCUCCGCUUGGACAAUUCAUUACCAAAGGACAGUGUCAACAGGUGGGAGGAUGGCUGUCAUGACGAUGGACCCAGGCCUACCUGAAGGAGACUGAGGGGUGGGAAAGGAUUUGGGUUUUUCUGUUUUUGUUUCUUAAAACUGAUCUGAGGUUUUGUAUAAGAAAGAAAUUCUCUGUCCCCAGGUGAGGCUCAGAUUUGGGGAGAGGAGAGGGCCUUGUUCUCUCUAGGUGCCAGCACUGCUGGAAUGGAAAAGAAUAGGGGAUCACAAAGUGUGAAGGGAUCAUCAGUUGACUGGACCUGAAAAGGAUCUCAAGAAAAGACUGACCGUGGAACUACUGAUAUCUAGAAGGUGGCAGGAUCCCUAGGCUCUGGGAUUCAGUACCAUAGAUGGGAUGUGUCUCGUGGAGCUCAGCUGGACAGUCAGUUAAUUAGUCACUGCAAGGUAUUGCUACUUGGAAGCCAAUUUGGGGAUCGUGACAAACAAGUAACACUGAAAAGUUGGCAUCUGCUCCAACCCAUGUUGGUGCUAAGGAUGUUGGAUACUCUCAAGUGGGAUAGCUGGUGGAUUGGCAAUGGACAACAUUGUUUUUUCUGUGUCAGGAACUGCCUGCUUUGGCAGAGAUCUUUUGUGUUUUUGAAUACUAAAAUAAAUGUACAAAAAUAUUUAAAAGUG